AUGCCGUGGGCACGGAGCCCUGCUGAGCUGGUGCAGCGUGCAUCCCCGGGCCUGCUCACCCGUGCCAUUGGCGAGUGCCGGGAGUAUGGCUGUCUUCGGUGGAUGACGGCAAACAAGCCUUUCCUCUUCCUCGUGCUGUACAUCGUGUGCUACCUCAUCGUGGGCGUGUUGACCUUCAUGAGCCUCGAGGACUGGACGUUCACGCAAUCCCUCUACUUCAACAUCAUCACCGUCACAACCAUUGGCUAUGGAGACCUGAGCCCCACCUCUGCCGAUUCCAGGGUCUUCUCGGUGUUCCACAUGACAUUUGGGCUGGUGCUCUUCACACUGGUGCUUGGCUCCCGCGUGCGCAGCGUUGAGGACCAGAACACCGUUCUACAAAGACAUCUGCGCGUGCAAGACAUGAUUGGCGGGCGCAAGGCUACCGGCUCCUCCUACAAGUUCUGGCAAGGCGUGUCGCGGCUGCUCUUCAUCUACGUCAUCAUGCUCAUGAUUGGGUCGCUGUACUUCUGCCUGGGUCUUGGCUACGAGUUCCACGAGGGCCUGUAUCUCGCCACCACCACGGGCACAUCUGUCGGUUAUGGCGACGUGUCGCCGAGCAUCACUGCCAACAGCCACCUCUCCUACGGCGGCAUGUGGUUCACCAUCUUCUACUCUGUCAUCUUCUUUCUCUUCACGGGCCAGCUGCUCGGCUGGGUCGCCUCCCAGCUCUUCUCGCUCGGCAUCCGAUAUGACGUGCAGUCGUCGCUGCGCGGGUCGCUCUCCCAGCGGCUCCUCGAAGCCCUCGACAAGAACAACGACCACGUCGUCGACAGGGCAGAGUGGAUGCAAGCCGUGCUGCUUGCCAACGACGUGUGCACACCAGAACUCAUUGAUCUCAUCAACAAGCGCUUCCAUGAACUCGACGCCGACCACAGCGGCGGCCUCACUAUCCGGGACCUCUCACCGGUUCUGCAAGAGGAUGAUGAAGCAGAGGCUGAGGCAGGCGACGGGCCCGGCUAUGGCGAGACAGAGCUGCGACACAACUUGGAACGCGUGUCGACAGCUGACACCAAGGCGCCAGUGUCCCCCUACACCCCCAACCCGGGCGAGACAAUUGAACAGCAGCCGCUCCCAGAUACACACGCGGAGCAAGAGCCAGAUGCGGAUGCAGAGUAG